ACACACACACACACACACACACUCACACUGGUCCGCCACGCGACUUCAGUUUAAACAAACCAGCGCGCGUCUCUGCACGCCGGACCCGCCGCGUUUUCACACUCUCGUGUAUUUAUUAGCUUUGUCAACCAGAACAUCUCUGUUAAAAUACCGGAGAAUACACUGUGAAGUUUGCAUUCUAUCCAGGUGCCUUGGAUGCGCUGUGGUCCCAGCUGUAUUUCCAUUCUUGUGACACUGGUGAGGAGCAGCAUGCGUUCUCACAUUCCCAACAGCGAAGCCGUGAAGUGGUCCAGCCACUGAGUACAGUGGUCAUACAAGGUCCUGGACCUCCCCACAGACUCAACUGAGAUUGUCCUGCCCCAUCUGACCUCAGCUAGGCUGAACUUCCUUUAAUCGUGCCCUGUCUUGUGUGAAAUAGAGAGAAAAAGUGUGUAGUGCCAUGGCUUUUACUCUUUCGGAAAUCAUGGCAGCCCGGCGACAGCAGCAGCAGCAGCAGACGCAAAGAGGAGGAAGAGGAGCGAUUGAGGUGGACGAAUACAGCGCCAACCCGACUCAAGCCUUCACCUUUUACAACAUCAACCAGGGUCGUUUCCAGCCCCCCCAUGUCCACAUGGUAGAUCCGUUGCCCCACGAUACCCCAAAGCCUCCAGGUUACACGCGGUUCGUCUGCAUCUCGGACACGCACUCGCGCACAGACACCAUUCAGAUGCCGUAUGGUGACGUGUUGCUACACACGGGAGACUUCACUGAGCUCGGCCUACCCAGUGAGGUCAAGAAGUUUAAUGACUGGCUCGGCACUCUGCCCUAUGAGAUCAAAAUCGUUAUAGCCGGGAACCACGAGCUGACGUUUGAUCAGGAGUUCAUGGCUGACCUGAUAAAGCAGGAUUUUUACUACUUUCCCUCAGCCUCCAAACUCAAGCCGGAGAACUACGAGAACGUUCAGUCCCUGCUCACCAACUGCAUCUACCUGCAGGACUCUGAUGUUACUGUCAGAGGCUUCCGAAUCUACGGCUCACCGUGGCAACCAUGGUACUACGGCUGGGGUUUUAAUCUACCACGAGGACAAGCUCUACUGGACAAGUGGAACCAAAUCCCAGAUUCCACGGAUAUCCUUCUCACACAUUGCCCUCCUCUGGGUUUUUUGGACUGGGUGCCCAGAAAGAUGCAACGUGUUGGUUGCAUGGAACUACUGAACACAGUUCAGAGGAGAGUUCAGCCCAAACUACAUGUUUUUGGACACAUUCAUGAAGGUUACGGUAUGAUGACCGAUGGAACCACCACAUUCAUUAAUGCCUCUGCGUGCACAGUGAACUUCCAGCCUGUGAACGCGCCCAUCGUUUUUGACUUGCCCAAUCCCAGGAGCUCAUGACUGAACCACGCCGCACCCACUACUGCAUUUUUCCAAUCAGGGUGUACAUAGUGUAUAUACAGUAGAGCUGGAGGGAGAGACGCUUUUUGGGUUUUCCCAAGAAAAUUUCAUUCAUUUUGUGCCGUGCAUUUUGCCUCCUCAAAAUGGACUUUCGAACUCUUUUCUGAAAUUGACUUUUGCGUUGCACUUGAAUCGGCGUGACAAUCGCGUGUAUUUAUACGUUCAUGGAAACCAAUCAGGGCUCGAGAUGAUGGGAAGCCAUGCUUUCUCAUCAUUGGCUGGCACUUAUUAAAGGAACUUCGUAACCUUGUAGCCUCAAUGGACUUAAAAAAUCCCCAGCUUCUUUAUUUUUUGCUCUGGCUCCAUCCUUGAACGCUCCAGGAUGUACCCAGAGAGCGCUAUGGUGCAGACAAGUUUGUUCAGGGUCUCCUUCUUCGAGUCUUAGGCUUCAGUCACACCAAAAGCGCUUUAAACGCUUGCAAACGCAAGGCGCGACGCACUGCCUUUUUUUAAAAAAGAGCAGUGCGACGCGGCUUUUCAUAUUGCUAAGCAACCACCGAGUCAGCUGUCUUGUCAAUCAAAUAUUGAAGCGUGAGCGCUCUUUUGCUGUUAACUGUCAUAUCAGCAGAAACUUUAAAAAGAGGACGCUUGCUCUGACCUUGUUUGAGGAUGAGAGGUGCACAAACACGCAGGAGAGAGUGAGCGAGUGGAGUCCGGUUCUUCAAAGCAACUGUAAACUUCCCUCGCCACAACGUAAGGCCCGCCUCUCCCCUCAUUCGAUUGGACAAUGGAAAGACACGAAUGACGUCGGGCGCUUCUCCGCUCUCAGCGCUCCUUCAAAAACGCGUCCGCGGCAGGCGGCAAAAAACCGCAAGGCGCUCGGCGCGCAUAAACAGCGCGCAAACGCGCCCUGCCCAUAGAAUAUCAUUCAAAAAAGGCGCCUGCAACUGCCAUAAACGCUAUUGGUGUGACUGGCCCCUAAGUCUUUCAUCCUACUUUUCCUCUCUGUUAAAUCUGCUUUUUCUUGUUAUAUGUUGCUCUUUUUAACUCAGGGGCCAUGUUGGAUGUCAGUGGGAGAAAAGUCCUGGCCCUAAAUAGGAAUGUAAUGUUUUGAAAUAUUGAUGGUUUUAAAAAAGAAACAAAAAAUUGCCAUUCAUGCAUUGUUCGAUUUACUGUAAACGUGUAAACUGUGGGUGUGUUUUAAAGCAAACUGUCUAUUACUGAAGCUGUGUGAAUUUUUACAGUAGUUUGAAGUGUUUGUUUAAGGUCAAAUAUUUAAAAGCUUUUCAUUUAACGUCUCAACAUGCGCACAAAGCGCCCUUUUGCAUAACAGUAAUACGUUGCACUUUGAUCCACAUGAUCUCCACUAUAAUUUAUUAACAUUCCUCCUGGUGAUAAUUUAUUCCCAUGUGUUUUACAGCUCUUCUGCAUUACCCGUGUGUGGCGUUAGGCCUAAUAUGACCAUUCUGUUGCAGAGGGUUUUUAUUUGCUCCGUAUAAAUGGAUGAAUAAAAGCUAACAAAUUAU